CGGAAAGACGUGGCGAUGGAAGCGGUGAUGGGAAUGGUGCCGGAGGACCCGGAGGCGCUUGCGGUAUGGCUGGUUCGCUUCACGUCAAUGCAGUUUGGAAUCUCAUUCUUCACAUCGAUCACCCGUACUGACAACAAUGGCGCGCUUGCUCUGUUAGGACUCUACGCUUCUUUCGGGAAACGAUGCGAAGCUACAAAACUCUACUUUGUAUUUUUGCUCCUGUCAUGCGUGACGGAUUUCAUUUGGAUGUAUAUAUACGGGAAUCAGAUAUCAGGUGCUGAGAUGCAAGAAGCGCAGAAUGAGUGGGAGGAUUACGCGUUUCCUCCCGUUGGAACAGCCAAGUUUGUAUUGGGAAUGUCUAUCAUACAAUUCAUGAUCAAGAUUGUUUCGAUUCCCUUCACAUACAAGCUCUUUUCCAGCAUGGACUCAAGUUUGCCGAUCCCGCAGGCUACCAGUGCAAGAGGAUAUGGCGUUGCUUCUUAUCAGAGUGAUGCCAGCUAUCAGAACUCUGGGAAAGACGAACUUUGAUCGUGCCUGAUCUAAGAUUGAGUUUUCAUUUUCUAGUUCACACAGGAAUAAAGUACAACUAUUCAUG